AUGCAACUCUCUGACGCGAGGCACGAUGUGAUCCCGAUGGAGCUCUCGGAAGAGGGAAGCAUCGUCUUAGAAACCAAGUUCAUGGGCUUGAUUUACGAAGGUUUUGACCUUGCAAAUUAUGAGGUCUCAUUGGCGGAGCAAGCUUGGAAUGACGACCUCGACGAUAUUGUUGAAAUCACAAAGGAUGGCGUUCUUGGGGCAAAGAAGAAUGUGGGUAAUAGUAGAUGCGUGCAGGAGGCCUAG